AUGAGGUAUGAUCCCCAGGGUGGCUUCUCCUUUUAUGCUCCUGGACCGGACAGUCUCGAUUUGACCACUGCCAAAGAGGCCACGUUCGAGUACUAUGUUUUCUUUGAGGAGGGGUUCGAAUUCAAUAAGGAUGGAAAGCUCCUUGGGCUGUAUAGAGGCAAUAGCGAGGGUACCGCUAAAAGCUGUUCCGGUGGCCGUCGUUCAGACGAGUGUUUCUCCGCUCGCCUGACGUUCCGCACAGAUGGUGCUGGGGAGAUCUACACGUACCUUCCCCUCAGCUUCGACGCCAAUAGCAACUUUUGCAGUAAUGAAGGAUCGGAGUGUAACCCGACCUACGGGACUUCGGUCGGUCACGGGGCUUUCUCUUUUAAGGCAGGAGAGGGAACAACGGUGAGCGAACGCGUACGUCUCAAUGACGUUGGACAAGAGAAUGGGGAAUUGGAGCUCUUGUUGGCAGAGACAGCGUCAUUAGCGUUAUGGGCCUCGUUCUUAGGAACAGUGAAGAGGUCCGUACGUCCUGGUGGCUUAAACGAUGUCGUAGGAUCUACCUCAGAUUGGCCAUCCCCACAAGAUCAAAGCUCAUACUUUUCCGACUUCUCGGUUGUCAUCACCCAGGGCCUUUAG